UCAAACCUUCAUUUUAUUUGUUUAUUUGGUUUACAGUACAAUUUUUUAGUUCUUGUGUUGUGACAUCAAUUGGAACAGUGAGAAAAGACUCACCAAUCUAGUGAUAGUAUAUUUACCUACAUUGUGUGAUCCAAGUUUGUGAAGUGUAACAGUCUUGCUUGGAUAGAAUGGCCUCCAUGCCAUCAAGCAGUGCCGUGCGGGCACUCAGUCUUGAGUAUAGAAGUCUGCAGGAGGAACCUGUUGAAGGAUUCAGUGUCAAACUCCUUAAUGAUGACAAUUUAUUUGAGUGGGAGGUUGCUAUAUAUGGACCUCCUGACACCCUCUAUCAAGGUGGAUAUUUCAAGGCUCACAUGAGGUUCCCCAUGGACUACCCAUACUCACCCCCCAGCGUGCGGUUCCUCACUAAAGUAUGGCACCCCAACGUCUACGAGAACGGGGAUCUCUGCAUCUCCAUCUUACAUCCUCCUGUCGACGAUCCUCAGAGCGGAGAACUGCCCUGUGAACGCUGGAAUCCCACUCAGAACGUACGCACAGUGCUGCUGUCCGUGAUCUCUCUACUGAACGAGCCCAACACCUACUCCCCCGCCAACGUCGAUGCUUCCGUCAUGUAUAGGCGCUUCAAAGACUCCAAAGGAUCAGACAAAGAAUAUGAGAAUAUUAUCAGGAAACAGGUUUCCCUGUCACGAAAAGAAGCGGAGAAUGACGGCGUAGUGGUGCCGCUUACACAAGAAGAUUAUUGCAUCAAAACCAAAGUCAAACCAGAGACAGAAAAUGUCGACAUGGCAGAUUUCUACGACGACGACUACGAUAUUGAUGACGACGACGAAGAGGAGUAUUCUGACGACAAUCUGUACGACGGAGAUGACAGUGGCAAUGGCGAGUCGUGAUAGCCUUUCCGUGGAGGCAGCCUUUGUGUGCGUGUUUUUUACGAGAAAGAGUAUGUUGUUUAGAAGUCUCUUCACCACCACCACCACCACCAUGUACGUGCUCAUCCUCUGGCGGUGUUCUGCAGCGACGCCUCAACUCGCUUAGUUGACGUCGUCCCUUGUUUCGUUCUGAAAAUAGCGUCUGAAGUUGUGUGUGUAAUUGCAAUGAUGAUAACUGAGAGGUUUCUUGAUGACACCGGAUAAAGAGUUCGUAACUUUUCGCCUCUCUCAGGGGAAGAAAUUGUGCGAUGAGGUUCACGUGUGUCGUCGUUGUCGCCGAUCAGACGUCCUUUUCAUCACCGUCAUCUGCAUCACUCGCUUAACUUCCGCAUAAUGUCAUCCUUCGCUACUUUUACUCCUGUGACCACUUCGUCUUCUUCUGCCAUUUAUUCACAUUAAUCAAACUUUAGUUCACAUUUGUAUUUACUCAAGAAUAAUAAUAUUGAGUUUGGUAUUAUUGACGCGUAUAGCAUAUUGUAAUGAAAAUUAAAGGAAAUGCGUUUAAUAAUGAUUUCGUGCAAUUCCUGUUGAAUUGUUUUACUUGUUUAUCUUACUUGUCUUUCAUCAUUUAUCAUUCGUUUGUCACCAUACUCUUCUGCCAGCAUCAUGCAGCAUGAAGCUAUCUAGUAACUCCAUUACACUACACUACUAUGGUUGCUUUCGCUCACUUCAAUUUUGCCAAGUUUUUGACUUCAAUUUGCAUUUAUUUUUGAAGAUAUUCAGCUUCCUUUUCACACAUUCGCCUCUUCAUUGUUUAAUCUCGAUGAAAGUUCUUUAUGGUUCUUUCCCCUAUGAACACGAUCUAUUUCUCUAUGCAAAGCCAUUACUGGUUAGUUGCGCUAAGUUUGUAUAUUGUUCAGUUCUUGUUUCGUGGUCUCUUCAUCCACAGUCGCGGUUGUUUGUUAGCCGCUUCUAGAGUUUAGUAAAAUUCUAAGAGCAUCACGAUGUCCAAAUUACCAGGACCGACGUACUCACGACCACGUCGAUCUGUAGACAAGAUCAUGUCCCACGCGGCCUCCUAUUUACUACUUCUCUUGUAUUGGCCUCUUGUGAGUCCCUGGCGAUAACCGUUGGGUGAUGGCCGUGGCCUAGAGGCGUGGGGGAAUAUUGAUUGUCCAGGCUCCACACAUUCGUCCACUCAGCCACGCCAUGGAGGUAUUCCCGAAAUUAUCUCGGUUAUGAAUUAUUGCAUAGAAUAAUCGAUGAUAAAGAUUAACCAACUAGCCGCGGGCAGUCCCAAAUUAGACUAUUUUAUUUGUUAAAGACCUGUAGUUUUUUGCAUUUUUAUUAUUCAGGACAUUCUACUCAUAUUUCGUAGAGAUAAAUAAGUGGGCACAUCGGCAUUUAUAUGUACAAGUGUAUCAGGCAAAUUGGGCGUAUAACAUUACUACGACAGGGCAUACAGCGGCACUCCGUCAUUAGGGUGUGUACUUGUGUACAAGGGCAGCAUAGGUUUACAAUAGAGACAGGUUCUCGUCAACACGAAUUGACUCGACUUUGCCUACGUCAUUUAUUCUGUUAUUUAUUUAGACGUGGGUACGCUGUAUAUUUCUCCUCAAAGUAAUGACUCUGAGUGAAAUGUAUUUUGUACGAUCCUCCAUCGUGGGUUUUAAGUGUGCAUAUCCUGUUCUGUUCGCUUGAUUAUCGUUUUCCCAAUUAAUCCCCAUUUUACCCCGUUACUUUUAGUUAAAAAUUUCCCAGCUUUAAUAUUAUGCAGAUUGAGGAAAACUCGAUACAAGACGCUAUCGGUGCGUUAAAUAUAUAUUUCAUGAUACGCCACUUCACAUGUUUUCUUUUGUUUACAUUUCGCUCACCCUAUUUGACGACUUUUCAUCCUUGUCAGAUAUUUUACAUUAUGUGGUAUCGACCCAUGUUCCUUAGCUGCCCUGGUAGACGGCCUCUGCCUUGUAUUCAUAUAAACUCGGCAAAUUGGUGUCUCGAAAACGUUGGGGAAAUGGUGAAAAUUAGAUUGGUAUUAUGAAUUUUUUCCUGGUAAUUUCUCAGACUUGAUUUUGUUUUCCUUGGCAAUGAAUUUGCUGUGUCGUUCUCCCAAGAUGAAGGUCCCUCCAAGGCUGGCUUCCUCAUCCUCUUAAUAUUUUUCCUCAUUUCGUUGUUGCAGCGCAGCGCUAAUUUUUCUUCUUCUUUCACUUGUUGAUGUACAAUUUUUGCUUUGAAAUUCUCUAUCCAUGAAGUGAAUCUAAUUCGCUUGUUUUGUUUAAAUUUUUUUGAUUGACGAGUUUAAAAAAAUAUUUGAUAGCUUAGAAGCAUCGUGCGAAGUCUCCUCGUAAUAGCGUUGAUAUGGUCUGGUGUCCGGACUGUAACCGCCCCCCAGUCCUUCGUCUAUUGGCGUUGAACCUGGUGCCAGAUCUCUGCUUUUGAGAAUGUUUACAGCUGUUCAAGUAGCUUGAAGACCUCUUUUUAGGAAUACGACUCGCAUGUCUUUCUGUCAUAACUUGACUGUCUUUACCAUCAACGUUGGGCCUGUCGAAAAAUUUGCUUGCUUUUUCGUGUAGUGUAUAAGUUCAUUGUGCGAUAUAUCAUUGUAAAUAAGUCAUCAAUGUCAUCUUACGAGAUUAUGGGGAUGUGAGAAUUGAUCCUCAUUAUCGUUCACUUGAGAGUUAGUGGUGCGACACCGUUGUCACGCACUCAUUUGAGGAUUUGCAAUUUAUUAAUAGGUUUUCGGUGAUAGGAAGUGUUAAACUUGGUAGUAUCACAUUGUCCUGACAACGGCAGUUACUCUCGCAAAAACAGUCUGGAAUGUUGGGCGUCCCAUCGGUGAUCGACGUCCCUCGCACUCAACUAAAGUGUAUUCGCGUUUAAUGAGAGCAGUCACCCUUCGAACUAACCAGUAAUGCUACACGUAUCGAGUCUUACACUUUACUCGUCCAGAAAGCUAUAUUUUAGUGGCAGCGGUGCGAAUGUGGUUCACUUUUCUCAACGGUCCAUUAUCGCGAAUAUCGUUUCCUCAGGAGCAUUUUCUCUAAUAUGGGUGCUUGUCAUUUCUGGCAUCUCCUUCGUUACGGUUCUCAGAGUCGGGUAUUCGAGACUCGUUGCAAUCAUAGUGAAUUUAGAGUAACAUGUCAACAAUUGGCAGGUUACGAUUUACCUUUUGUUAAAGGAUAUAUCAACGGUAGACAGUGCUAUUCGUUUCUUAAGGUCUACUAACUAUAGUUACCCUCGUCAGACGAAGGGUUAAAGCCUGAAUUUGGACCCUCGAAAAUUACCGUUGUCUCUCUUUUACGAUGUUCGAAAAGCUUUUUUUGCGUGAUACCGUCCCUACAUUGAACUACACACUUUCAAUCGUUUCUUGUUACAAACUAACUUUUCAAAGGCGGGUACAAAAUAUUUUGGGCUUGACUAAACUAUUACAGAUAAAUAGGAUGUAGUAAGACCUUUACUGUUUUUUACCCUAAUUUUGUUGAACAUGACGAUUUUUCACUCUCCGUUGCGAAAUUUUCCGUACUUAAUGAUUUUUUAAAUAUGCCGAAAUACCUUGUUGUUCUUAUUAAGUUCGUCUUCAAUGAUCAUUAUCGUGUUCAGUAAAAAAUUAAGUGGGAUCUAGGGGUAGUUUUAUCGGAUGUCCAUUUUCCUUUCUAGUGAUACCUCUCCUCAAAAUUUGUGUAUUCUCUUAUGUUUAUACCAUGUGCCCUAGUUUGGUUCAUGGGCAUUUGCAGGCAGUUUGAACAAAUUAAAGGGAUUGAUAUCUUUACGGUUUGACUCUAAGUCACCUCCUUAUUGAAGGUUGUAUCGCUUUUAGAGGACGACACUCGUAUCAGUUCUUAGAAGUUGUCCCUCUUCUUCCGUGGCAAUACAACACGACUCUCUAUUACAAUUAGCCGAGCACUGUAAUAUAAGAACUCAGAUGAAGGACAAAGUAAUGUUCAUGGUUAGAAUAUUAUCGAAUAAAUUGCAGACAGGA